UAAAAACGUGUGCAACUUGCUUGAAAAGUUCAAAUACUAGGAAUUAGGAUAUUUAAAUACAAAAAUUACGAUUAUUAUAAGUCAUCAAAAUGCCGACAAUCUCCGUUAAACGCGAUGUUCUUUUUGCCGCAUUGGGAAAAUCCUACACGGAUGAAGAAUUCGAAAACCUAUGUUUUGAAUUUGGUUUGGAAUUAGAUGAAGUAACGACAGAGAAGCAAAUGCUUAUGAAAGAACAAGGUGAUCAAGCAGGGGCAGGGGUGUCGGAAGAAAUAUUGUACCGCAUUGACAUACCUGCUAAUAGAUACGACUUGCUGUGUCUGGAGGGUCUGGUGAAUGGAAUAUUGGUAUUUCAAGGAAAGAAGAGCCCUCCCAAAUAUAAAGUAAAAAAGACUGAAGACUGUUACGCAUUACACCUGACACCUGCAACAGCUCAAAUAAGACCAUAUGCCGUUGCUGCCAUUCUACGGGGUAUUACUUUCACUAAAGAAAGUUAUGACAGCUUUAUUGAUUUGCAGGAUAAGUUACAUCAAAACAUUUGCCGUAAAAGAACUUUGGUUGCUAUUGGUACCCACGACUUGGAUACUAUUCAGGGGCCUUUUGUCUAUGAUGCUCUACCACCCGAGGAUAUCAAGUUCAAAGCUCUCAACCAAACAAAAGAGAUGACCGCUCCAGAGUUAAUGGAAUUAUAUUCUUCCCAUGCACAAUUGAAACAAUAUCUAGGUAUAAUAAGAGAUAGUCCUGUGUAUCCUGUCAUCAAGGAUAAAAAUGGUGUGGUCUUGUCAAUGCCUCCAAUUAUAAACGGAGAUCAUUCUAAAAUAACACUCAACACAAAAAAUGUAUUCAUAGAAUGUACUGCAACAGAUCUCACAAAGGCAUCAGUGGUACUGGACACAAUAGUAUGCAUGUUCUCUGAAUAUUGUGGCAACAAAUAUGAGGUGCAGCAAUGUAAGGUGUAUGCACCCGAUGGAGCAUAUGACCUGUGGCCGAAAAUUGAGUAUAGAGAAGAAGUUAUUGAUGUUGAUAAUGCUAACAGUUAUAUUGGUAUAAAUGAGGACGGAGACGCCGUGGCCAGUAUGUUGUCUCGCAUGUGUUUGUCCACAACACACGAGAACUCCCUGCUCCGGGUGAAAGUGCCACCGACGAGACACGACGUCAUUCACGCUUGCGACCUGUACGAAGAUAUUGCUAUUGCUUAUGGGUACAACAAUAUCGAGCGUCGGCCCGCGCAGGUGGUGACGGCGGGCGGGCAGGUGCCUCUCAACAAGCUGACCGAGCAGCUGCGCGUGGAGUGCGCUCACGCCGGGUACACUGAAGCGCUCACGUUCACUCUAUGCUCCAGAGAGGAUGUGGCUACCAAGCUGGGUGUUGACAUAGAUCAGGAGCCCGCUGUGCACAUAUCCAAUCCGAAAACAUUGGAGUUUCAAGUGGUGCGGACUCGGCUGCUGCCCGGCCUGCUCAAAACUCUGGCUGCCAAUAAGAAGAUGCCACUGCCGCUCAAACUGUUUGAGAUUAGCGACGUUGUGUUGAAAGACGAAGAAGCUGAGACGGGCGCGCGCAACGAGCGGCGAGUGUGCGCGGUGCACUGCGGGCGCGCGGGCGGCUUCCAGUUUGUUCACGGGCUGCUGGACCGCCUGAUGCGGUUGCUGCAGACGCCCUGGGGCGCCGACGGCUACGCCCUGCGUCAGGCUGACGAUCCAGCUUAUUUUCCUGGGCGAUGUGCCGAAGUCGUGUUGCGGGGGAAAACUAUAGGAAAAAUUGGAGUGAUUCAUCCCAAUGUAUUAACUGCAUUUGAGCUGUCUAACCCGUGCUCCGCUGUUGAAAUUAACAUCGAACCUUUUGUAUAGUUG